AUGUGCAACACGGCCUCUACUUUACUAUUAAAAAAGCAACUAUGUGAACUUAGCAAGAGUGCUACUGAAGGUUUUUCUGCUGGCCUUGUUGAUGAUGAAAACAUUUUCAAGUGGCAAGUUCUUAUUAUGGGCCCUCCAGAUACCCUAUAUGAGGGUGGCUAUUUUCGGGCGGAGCUAGAUUUCCCUCCUGAUUAUCCUAAUCGCCCCCCUAAAAUGCGUUUCGUAACCGAGAUUUGGCAUCCGAAUAUUGCUCCAAAUGGUGACGUGUGCAUUUCAAUUCUCCAUGAACCCGGUGAGGAUCGAUGGGGAUACGAAAGACCAGAUGAACGAUGGCUUCCUGUGCACACCGUAGAAACUAUCAUUACUUCGGUCAUAUCCAUGCUUGCUGAACCAAACCCGGAUAGCCCCGCCAACGUAGACGCGGCGAAAGAAUUUAGGGAAGACUUUGCUGAAUUCAAGCGAAAGGUUUGUCGCUGCGUCCGGAAAAGCCAGGAGCACUUUGAGUGA